GUGUCGCCACAGUCACCCAUCGCCGCCUCCAAGUUCAGUUCUCAAUACUCCGCCGAGCACGCUCUUUUCCUUUCGCUGAGUAUCCGCCCAACAUGUCCAACCGCCAGCAGCGUGUGAUGGUCCAGCCUAUCAAUGUCAUCUUCAAAAACCUGCAGCAGCGCACGAAAGUCGUCAUCUGGCUAUACGACAAUAUUGAGAUGCGCAUCGAAGGGCGAAUCAUUGGAUUUGACGAGUUCAUGAACGUCGUGGUAGACGAAGCUGCUGAGGUGUACGUGAAGGAUGCGAAGCCACGCAAUGAACUUGGACGGAUACUGCUAAAAGGCGAUAACAUCACACUUAUCCAGCAGGUGCUAUAACCUAAUGGUACUGUAUGAUCUCUGCUCGUAGACGAUUGUGGGUCACGAUUGGUGAAAAUUGCGUUUCUCCCUCGCUUUUGCGGCUUUGUCUCCCCAGUGAGCAUCUCGCGCGGUUCUGCUCGUAGUCCUGUGCUGUAUAUCCAUAAUGUAUAAUGACCCUCUACAGAUUGUAAAUAGGUAGGAGUGAUGUGAGACUCAACGACUGCCGACACAGAGGACAUUCG